AUGUCUUUUAUUUAUGGUGAUCCUGUUCCCCAACAUCGAGACAAGGUUUGGGAGAAAUUGACAGAUAUUGGCUCAUUUCGCAUUGAUCCUUGGUUUUUAAUUGGGGACUUUAAUGAACUAACUGGAAAUCAUGAGAAACAGGGUGGUGCUUUGAGAUCUGCAUCCUCUUUUGUUUCUUUUAAUUCAAUGCUCCGUCAUUGUGGGAUGUUGGAGUUUCCUUGUUAUGGGGAACAGUUAUCCUGGAGAGGCAACCGAUGUAAUAAUCAGGUGGUGCGUUGUAGGUUAGACCGGGCACUGGGAAAUGAGGAUUGGCAAGGGUUUUUCCCAAAUUCGAGGGUAGAUUAUUUAGAGAUGAUUGGUUCGGAUCACAGCCCAAUCUUAGCAACUUGUCUGAAGACGGCCAGGAGAUGUCAUAGACAGUUCCGCUUUGAUAAGCGCUGGUUGGGUAAGGAGGGUAUAACAGCUGUGGUCGAGUCAGGUUGGAAUCGCACGAAAAAUUUUCGUAUUCCGGGUUUUGUUGAUAAGAUAAGGAAUUGCAGAAACUCGCUUUCGUGGUGGCGAAAGAAUAAUAUCAAUUCUGGUCCUUCAACGAUUUCCUCCUUGAAGGAGGCUUUGCAAGAGGCAAAAAUGGAUGACUUAAUCUCAACAGACGAAAUUCGGGUUAUUGAGAGGAAAUUAAAAGAGGCAUAUCGUGACGAGGAAAUCUACUGGCAACAAAAGAGCCGAAAGUUCUGGUUAAGAGUUGGAGACAAAAAUACUAAGUAUUUCCAAGCAUCCACUAAGCAGAGACGUGUGAGGAAUCGAAUUAUUGGUUUAUUUGGAGAUGAUGAUGCUUGGAUUGAGUCUCCCUCGGGCAUGGAGAAUAUUGCUACUAAAUAUUUUGAGGGUCUUUUUAAGAAGGUGGAUGGUGGGGGUAUCUCCGAGGUGUUGCAGGAAAUUAAGCCUCUGGUCACAGACAACAUUAAUAGGGAUCUUACUAGGGAUAUUUCUGAGGCGGAGGUUCGCAAGGCGCUAUUUGCGAUGCAUCCGGAAAAAACUCCAGGCCCUGAUGGAAUGACGGCUUUGUUCUUCCAACGUUUCUGGGCUUCUUUGAAAGGUGAUCUGGUGGCGUUGGUUAGGGAGUUUUUUCGGACGGGAUGUUUCGAUCCUCGCCUGAAUGAGACAAAUAUUUGUCUUAUUCCUAAAGUUGCCAAUCCUCAGCGGAUGGCGAACUUUCGGCCAAUCAGUCUUUGUAAUGUGAGUUAUAAAAUAAUUUCCAAGGUUCUGUGUUUUAGGCUACGGCGGGUUUUGCCCCUCUUGGUUUCCGAAACUCAAUCGGCCUUUGUUUCUGGUCGUUUAAUCACGGAUAAUAUCUUGGUUGCUCAAGAGAUGUUUCAUGGGCUAAAUACUAACAGACGGUGCAAGUCGGAGUUUCUGGCCUUCAAAACAGAUAUGAGCAAGGCUUACGAUAGGGUGGAGUGGGAUUUCUUGGAGGCGGUUUUGGUCAAGUUUGGAUUCGCCCAGAAAUGGAUUUCGUGGAUUAUGUGGUGUGUUUCUUCUGUUACGUAUCAGGUUCUGAUGAAUGGGCAGCCGAGGGGGUCCAUUAUUCCCCAGAGGGGUUUACGACAAGGGGAUCCUUUGUCACCGUAUUUAUUCAUACUUUGCACGGAGGUUUUGAUAGCAAACAUUAAAAAGGCGGAACGAGAUAAGAAAUUGACGGGAAUUUCAAUAGCCCGAGAUAGUCCAUCUGUAUCACAUUUGUUGUUCGCUGAUGAUAGUCUUUUCUUCUGUAAGGCAGAAGAAUCUGAAUGCCGGACGGUAAUCUCCAUAAUAGGUAACUAUGGUAAAGCCUCGGGGCAAGAGGUCAAUCUGACGAAGUCUUCUAUUAUGUUUGGUAAGAAGGUCCCUCCUGAGAUAAGAGCUCAGCUUAAAUCAGUUAUUGGUAUUUCCCAAGAGGGCGGGAUGGGUUCUUACUUGGGUAUCCCUGAAAACCUACAGGGAUCGAAAACUAAAGUAUUUAGCUAUGUGAAGGAUCGGUUGGAUGACCGCGUUAAUGGUUGGUCCGCCAAGCUUUUAUCCAAAGGUGGUAAGGAAGUCAUGAUCAAAUCCGUGGCCUUAGCCCUUCCGACUCAUGUUAUGUCGUGCUAUAAAUUAACGCAGGACUUGACGUCUAAACUAACGAGUGCUAUCUCCUCCUUCUGGUGGAAGUCAAAUGAUAAGGCUCGAGGAAUGCAUUGGCUGGCCUGGGACAAAAUGUGUAAAGAGAAAUGUGAUGGAGGCCUGGGGUUUAGGGCUCUCGAACAAUUUAAUGAUGCCAUGCUGGCGAAACAGUAUUGGCGAUUAAUUCACUAUCCGGAUUCCUUAAUGGCUCGGGUCAUGAAAGGACGGUAUUUUAGGAAUCAACAUCCUAUUAUGGCAAAAAAAUCAUAUAAUCCCUCCUUUGCCUGGAGGAGUAUUUAUUCAACUAAAGAUUUAGUAGAGGAAGGUGCGCGGUGGACGGUAGGUUCGGGUGUUUCUAUUUCGGUUUGGCGAGACCCGUGGUUACCAGAUGUACGACCCAGACCAGCUAAUGGUCGGGGAAGGUUAUUGCAUCCAAAUUUGAUGGUCAAUCAUUUAAUCAACCCAAUUACGAAGGAUUGGCAUCUGCCCAUCUUAGAGGAAUUCAUGGAUCCCGUGGAUAUACAGCUUAUACGGAAUAUGGCAGUCAGUAAGACUAAUAGACCGGAUCGUCUAGUUUGGCAUUUUACUAAGUCGGGGAAAUACUCGGUGAAGACCGGGUAUCGGGUCGCUCGGGAAUUAGUUGCGGAAGUUGAAUACGGCCCAACGUGUACGGCUUUAAGGGCUCAAUCCUGGGAACUUGACGUCCCCCCAAAGAUCCCACACUUUUUCUGGCAGAUCGCUUCAGGUACUCUUCCAGUUCUAGAACGGUUAGCACAUCGGGGUAUUCGGUGUGAUACACGGUGCAAAAGAUGUGACUUAACAGCAGAGACUAUAAAUCACGCGCUUUUUGAGUGUCCUCGGUCGCGACAGAUUUGGGAGUUGACUCCGGUAUCUUUGGACCCCCAACGCUUUCCAUAUGCCUCAAUAUAUGCGAAUUUAGACUUUAUUUUUUGGCGGGCAUCUUCCCAGUCGGGUGUCACGGAUAUAGCUUUACAGCUUCCAUGGAUCAUUUGGUCUCUUUGGAAAGAUAGAAAUAAAAAGGUAUUCCAAGGCAUUGAGGCUGAACCAAAUGAUAUUCUCGGUCAGGCGGCCAAUGAUAAAGCACUUUGGGAGGAGGCCAAAGCUUUUUCGAGAGGACACAUAGCACCAACGCCACCUUUAGAGGAUAGAAUCUUUUCCUCAUGCUGUCAGAUAGACGGUUCAUGGAAAGGCUCAGAUCCUUUUCAGGGUCUGGGUUGGUGGUACUGUAAUGAUGAAGGUUCGACGCUGCUUCUGGGAGCAAGAAGUUUUCGUCGUGGAUCUACGCCCCUUCAUGCGGAGCUGCAAGCCCUGAUUUGGGCGAUGGAGGCUCUCUUGGAGGCUGGGGUGGACUGUCAAGCCUACGAGACGGAUUGUGCAGAGUUCGACGCUGCUUCUGGGAGCAAGAAGUUUUCGUCGUGGCUCUACACCUCUCCAUGCGGAGCUGCAAGCCCUGAUUUGGGCGAUGGAGGCUCUCUUGGAGGCUGGGGUGGACUGUCAAGCCUACGAGACGGAUUGUGCAGAGUAGGGGAACCUUCAAACUGUAACUGUCAUGUGGACAUUACGGAGGAUGGCCCUGGUGAUAGGCGUGUGGACUUUGGAUCUUCUAUUUGUUACUUGUUCUGUGGGUUUGAGUUUCAAGACUGA